GAGAUAGGAGAGUAGAGUGAUAGGUCACGAUGCUGCCGAGGAUUCACAGCAAAGGAAACUACCAGAAGCAAGCCCAAGGGAAUGCAACAGCGCGGGGAAACACGGCAAGGUCACAUUCGUCGGUACGAACAACAGAUUCUAGCAAGUUCUCCAAGUUGAAGGAAGUGCUGGUGAACAAUUUGCUCAAGGACUAUCACAGAAAGAACAAGAAGGCAGGUAACGACGCGAUCUACCUGAAAGCCGUGGAGGAAGUGGAGAAAAUCCUCACGCAUGGUCGGCUGACAGACAAACAACUCAAGGAUCUCCAGAGAAAAUUCUCUGCGAUGGAUGGAAUUCCAGAAGCAGCGGCCGUCUCUGAUCAUGCUGAGCAAGACUCUUAUCCCAGACGUACUGAAGUAGAUGAGGUCAACAGCUACAGGCCUCAACCUCCUCCUACUGCCAGCACGCAGACGUCUCCAUCGAAGCGAAGGAAGCAGAUUGAUGAGUGGAGCGUGAUGACUCUGUACAAUGAUGUGAAGCAUUACGAGGAGCAGAAGAAAAUGAAAGAGAAAGUCAAGAAUGAGCAGCAGAGGACGCGGGAAGAACUUGCUGCUCAGAUCGAAGAGAGGAAGAAGCAGAAAGCUGCGGUGAAGGAACAAGAAAGAAGGGUUGCUGAUGAGCAGCGAAAGAAGUAUGAAGAGUGGCAACAAGAGAUGAAGCUCAUUGAGAAUGAGAAACUGCAAAAACUCCUUGAGGAGCGCAAGAGAGAGGCCAUUGAGCUGAAGAGGGCUCAGGAUAGGAAGAAGAUGCAGAUAGAAGAGGACAAAAAGAUGAGGGCGAGAGCUACAAUGGAGAAAAGAGCUCAGUAUGAGGCUGUGCUCAAGGAGAACGAGAAAGUUCUGGAGAGGAAGCGGCAGCAGAAGCAAGAGGAGAGGGAGCUCGACGAGAGGCUGUUCCGCGUGCAGAUGGAGAUGGCAGAGCGACAGGCGAGGACAGCCCUUGCUGCAGAGAACGAAAGGGCGCGGAGGGAGCAGGACCGGCAGUUGAGGCUCAAGGCUGCGGAGAGGAUGGGGCAGGAGAUGGAGAACAAGGCGGCAGAGGUGGAGCGCAACAUCGAGGAGCGCGUGCAGAAGGCGCAGGACGAGCAAUACAGGAGGGACAUGGAAAGGGAGCGCAAUGAUCGCCUGCGCCAUGACAGGAUCGUCAAGGAGAACAACGCCUUCUUGCAGAGGCAGAUACAGAUGCAGGAGGAGGAAAAGAUGAGGAGGAAGGAGGAGGAACGCCUGCUGGCGGAAGAGAUGAAGAGGGAAGCGGAGGCUUUCAAGAGGGAGCAGCAAAGGAAUAAGGUGCUAAGACACCAGCAGUGCAUGCAGCAGAAGGCCAUGCUGGACAAGCAAAGAAUGAUGAAAGACUAUUACAACGAGAAUGAAAGUGCCAUGACGGAGAUCGAGCUUCGUCUCAACGCUCCCCUCUUGAAGCAAGUUGUGCAAGAAAAACCUGACCUGCCCGGUGAGCUCGCCUCAAAGAUCAACUUGAACUAGAGGGGAUGUGGAGAUGCAGAGUGGCAAGAGUGGACUUGGAUGUAGAUAUUUGAUAUCCACAUGAUUCAUACGGAGGUGUAACAAACAAUUCUAAUCUGAAGUGAAGGGGCAAAGUGCAAGAAAGGAGUGUGC